AUCAGGCCAAAUUCCAUUCACUAACCUUACCACAUGAGGUCAUCAGCCUCCCUGACCAAACUGGUCGCCCCCUCAUUUCCUGAAAUCAAACAGUCUGACUGAAUAACUGCAAAGACUGUCAACAUAACAAGAUAUAAGAUAUAAAGCUGCAUCCUGACGAGAGAACAAAGUCAUAAUACAACAGAAUGAAGAUCUUUGUGAGUUUUACGCUUUUGCUGCUGCUCAGCGCUGUCCCUGCAAGUGACAGUGUUAAAGGCCAGCCGGCUUUUCCCGAAGACAUCUACGCUGCGCUGAGAGAGAUAACUGCCUCGUUGGUUCAACUGAAGGCGGACAUGACGCUGCAGACUCAAGGUCAAGCACAGCUGAAGACUGAAUUGGACACGUUGAAACAACAACUGCAAGUCCGACAGGUUGCAUUCUCAGCUGCUUUGCUGAGUGAAGGCCAAUCAGUAUCUAUUGGACCCUUUUCCACGGACACUCUUCUGAUCUUCAAACAUGUUACCACCAACAUUGGAAAUGCCUACAACUCCAACUCAGGCAUUUUCACUGCCCCAGUGAGAGGAGCGUACAACUUUGAGUGGUGGCUCGGUAUAAAUGCCAACAUCGACCGCGCUGCAGGUGCUGUCUUGUUCAAGAACUCAGAGAAGAUUUUCAUGUCAUGGGGGCAACACGGUGUUUCUAAUGGUGCCACACUGUUGCUGGAGGUGGGAGACAUUGUGUUCAUGCGUCUGGUGCGUAACACUGUCGUGACAGACAACAAUGAUCACGGCACCACCUUCAGUGGACAUCUGCUGUUCCCCAUGUAAGACAGAAACAGCAGCUCUGUGAUAGUCACGCAGGUUUUUGUUGUCUUAAACAAGUCUUCAUAGGACUUCAUAGAUUUGAUUUGAUUUCAUCUGCAUCUAAAUAAUAAUAAGUAAUAAUUGUCGGCAGGUAUAUUUUUAAGUGAUUAAUGUUUCUGAUUGUCUCUUGUUUCUGUCAUAUUAAUCAAAUAAACAUAUAUCAUUGGAAUUACA